AUGCCCAACGGCUCAAAGCCACCACCCUUGGAGCGCAAGAAAUCCUCGCAUUGCUCAGCCUGUGGCGUUUUGGGACACUGGAGCGGAGACUCUGUUUGCACGAAGAGCAGCAAGGGUGGCAAAGGCAGCAAAGGCACCCGAGCCAAGCCCGACUCCAGGUCAAAAGGCCAUCGCGACCAGGACGCCCAGCCGAAAAAGGUGCUUUUCACCGUCAAUGUCCCCGACAACCACGACGACAACCCCGUCAACCACAGCACCAACGAAACCAUCCCCUACUACACCUUCAUGACCAACUAUGCUGUUAACGUCGUGUUUGACACUUUCAUCUCCCAGGAAUCCUUUUCGGGUUUGAUGAUCCUCGAUACUGCGUGCCAGAGGACGUGUUGCGGACCCCAGUGGUUGAAAUCCCACGAGAAGCUCCUCCACAGCAAGAACCUGCAGAGCCACGUCACCCCCAACUCCGAACUUUUCCAGUUUGGACGCGGCGCCCCUAUCAAAUCCACUUCACGGGUUUACCUGCCCUCCAUCAUCGGCGAUGUUGAGUGUUUGAUUGGAGCCGCAAUUGUGAACACCCAGAUCCCUUUGCUGGCAUCCAACAACUUUCUCGAACACAUGCAAGCAGUGUUGGACUUCUCAAAGGGAAUCGUCAUCCUCAAGACCAUCGGCAAGACCGUUCCCUUGCAUCGCAUCUCAGGCCAUCUCGCCAUCGAGAUCGCCAACUUCAGUGCAGGCGCGGACUCGAGUCCGACGUGGGACGAGUUCGCACGGGAUUCCAGUUGGGAUGAUUCGCAGCCGGAGCUUCAGUUGAGAGGCCCGAAGUUCAGACAGAGCCCCAGACUUGCCCGAAUGCUGAGCCGACCUGCGCCUCAAUGGGCUGUGGCUUGGAGGAUGAUCGUCAUCAGGCUCAUGUCGCUGGAGUGGACGUGCCUUCGCUACAUGUCCAUGAUGGUCAAGCGCGGCCUUGCACAUCGAGUGUGGCUGACCCUUCACCUCCGCCAGGAGGAAUGGAUCGACCAACGCAAGGACGUCGGCAAGGCACCGAUCCACAACAGCCACACGUGUGUCCACCCCGGGUGGAAGAGGUGGCAACAAGUACGGCAGGUUCGCAUCAUGUCAGAGGUGCAACCUGAGGCUUCGGUGGUCCGACAAGCAGCAGGACUGGCUGGAAGAUGGGCAAGGGCCUUCGCGCAAAUUUUCUUUGCCGGCGCCCUCAUCUGCGGAGAUCUUGCUCACCAGCACGACCUCCUACCCGAAGUUCAGACCGGGAGCCCGAGCCACGCAGACUCCAAAGUCUUUACCAGCUCCUUCCACGAGCAGUUCGAGCAGGCAACCUCGUCCUACUCGAGCGCCAGCCCUUCCGGUCACCGACGAGACGGACCUCUACCUGGACACGAUGGUGGCGGACGACGGGAUGGACUUCAUCGAGACCUUCAGCGACGAGGGCUGGGAACUGCCAGCCGAUGCACAAUAGCUCCAGGAGUCAAGAAACGACUCAUCGGCAAGGUGAACAACGCGCUCCACGCUAUCACCAAGGAGUACCAGAUCUACCAGAUGAACUCCCUCUACUGCAAGUCCAGAGCCGACAUCAUGGAAGCUUUCGCGGGAUCAGCGAAGAUAUCAAAGAUGUCGUCAGCCUAUGGACUCAAGGCGGUGACGCCCCUGGACUUUAACACCGGCGUGGACCUCUCCACCAAGCACGGCCAGGACAUCUGCAACAGCCUCAUGGACCGCUACCACCCGCUGUUCUUCUUUGCAGAGAUCGACUGUCGGCCCUGGAACGGCCAGUUCGAACUCCACAACUACGAACCAGAACCUUUGAAGAAGCUCUCCUCACGAACUACCAGCGUAAACCUCAAGGAGCUUCACUGCUGGGCACGACUCGAUGUCGACUCCAACGAGUACCAGCAGACUAUGUCCUCUGGACCACCCUGGUCACGAGUCUACUUUCGACGCACCAUCGAUGCCAAGACCGGCGAGAUCAUCAACCAGGAAGAGGCACCACAGCAAGAGCUGGACAUACAGCUGCCUCAAGCUAUGACCAUCAUCACCGAGCUCUGGCACCUUCCGCAACCUCACGAGUGCUACUUCGUGGGAUACGAGGACGGCACCAUCCCUAUGGAAGCUGGAUGGGAUGGCGGACCGGAGACCACCUCUCCCAUUGAGUCGAGCACCUUCUUCGACCAGGCCAAGGCCCUGGAGAAGGAGCUCCCGGUUUCUCACAUAAUGACCAUGCCCGAGAACAACAUUCACGAGUUCGUCAAGGCAGCGCUCCGGAAGCGCAUCAUCACUGCCAGAUGCUGCUACCGGGACAAGGCAAAGGGGAAGCCACCCCUGAAGCCAACAGCUCGGAUGGUAGCACAUGGACACCUCGACCCCGACAUCAGGUCCCUGUCGAGGAAUGCUGCCACACCCACUCGCAUCUCCGAGAUGUUGCUCCUGGCGAUCUAUAUCAGCGGACUCCACGGCAUGGCCUUCAGGACCGCCGAUAAGUGGAUGCUAUGGGCUGGAGAUGCUACGACAGCGUUCUUGCAGGGCGCUCAAGACGUCACCGAACGAGCUGGCAGACUCUUCAUGAAGCCCAAGCAGGACGAGAUCCUCAGAAGAGCAAAGGCGUUCCAGAACUCUCUCUACGAGAUAGUCGGUAACGUCUACGCGCCUCGGUCACAUGGGUUCGACCACAUGUGUUUCUACUUCCCGGACCUCAGCAAGGACGGAAGUUUUGCACCCUGCGCCAUUUUGAUCUGUUACGUGGACGACUUUCUACUUACCUACAACCCCAGGUUUCCCUUCGAGAAGUUCUUCCAGAAGUUCGAAUGGGGGUCACACGGAUACCUGGAGCCCGACAAGCCCUUCAUCUUCAAGAGAGAGCAGAUCAACCUUGUUGACUAUAAGAACGGCAAGGCGGUGCACAUCAACCAGCCCGACUUCAUCGCGACUACCACCAGCGGCAAGAUCAAACGCGGCCAGAACCUGGACGAGCUCCUUCGGCCCGAAGAUUUUUCGGAGUUUGGCAGCGCUGCUGGCUGCAUCCAGUGGAUUGCUGGACAAUGUCGUCCAGACGUUUCGGCAUGGGUGAGUUUGGCCUCAAGGGGCGAGGAGACGACCUACAAGGAGCUGAACAUGCUCUACGACACCAUCUCCCACUUGCAGGACACUAAGGACCUCGGACUCAUCAUCCCUCCGGUCCCCAUCGACUCCUCGACCACUGUCCUGGCAUACUCCGAUGCCAGCUUCACAGCAUGGCUGCAUUUGGCGGCAAACACCAUCACCGAGGUCAAGCAGCUGUGCGCCCCUGUGGACUGGAAGAGCGGCAGAGCCACUCGUGUGUGCAGGUCAACCCUCGCAGCAGAGGCAGUUGCGGCAGACUCAGCGACUGACAGAGUUGCCUUCACCAGCCUCAGCUUGGCCGAGUUCAUCAACGGGGUGCCCGCGCACAAGCAGUCUUCGCCUCUCAAGACCCUCCUUGUGGUGGACGCGAAGUCCUUGUACGAUAGCAUCGUGAAGGAGAAUGUGUCCCUCACGGACAAGCGCAGCAUGGUGAACAUUCGCAGCAUCCAGGAGGAGAUCACCCCUCGCACCGUGCACGGGAUUCCGACGACCCUCAUGGCGGCGGAUGGUCUCACAAAGGCCUCCAAGCCACUUCGGCAGCAGCUGCUUCAGUGGAUCCAGGAGCCCAUCGUGCAGCUCCGCAAGGAGAACUGA